GAUUUUCGAUUUUCUGCAAAACCACUUCCAGGCUUCUUUCCUUCAACGGCUAUAAACUCUUAACGUCUACUUCCUUUUCACCCCCACCAAACAAAACCCUUUUUAUUAAUUCAAUCUUCCUCUCAUUUCCUUAAUUCAUUUCUCUCAAUUUUCUUUCUCUCUUCUUCAUGAUUACUGGGUAUUUUCUCUCGUUUUCUUUCCCUUUUUUCUGUUUCUUCCGCCAUUCCUUUUUUGGGCAAAUACAACACUUCAGGAGUAUUUUGGCUCUUUUUCUCUGUCACUUUGUUGCGCUUAGUGUUCUAAAUUUAGGAGACGAGGUAUGGAAUUUUAUCUGCAUUCUUAGAGGUUAUUAGUUAGCUGUUCUAAAACAAGUAUAGGCUCUGUCCCCUCUGUUUCCAUUGGGUUCUGUUUUUGUAACUUGAUUCAAUUCUGCAAAGCUGGAAUUCCGUUGGUGGAGCUUUUCCUGAAUCCUCCCCUCCUUCAAAAUGGGGUUGAUCCCGUUUGCAGUGUCUUGCACCCAAUUGGAUGUGUUUGAUCAUUCAUUGUGGUUCAAACAAUCCUAGUAAGGGGAAAAAAAUGGCAUCUUCUCAGGUUGAGAUUGCUUCUUCUUCGCCGUUUGGCUGUGUCUUGAAGGAACAUAACAGGCGCGACAGAAAUAGCAGAGAGACCAAUGCCAGGGCUGCUGCUUCUGCUACACACGCAGCUUUCCAGAAAAAUCGCAAGGAAUCGGUCAGAGAUAAUCUCCAGGCUUGCAUCUCUGUUUCCUCUUGUUCUUCUUCUGAUAAGCAUUCGCAGAAUCAGUUCAUUAACUCUAGCAAUAAUAUUUACAAUAAUGGCAAUCAUCGUCAUCGUCAGCGUCUGAGAUGUUUGACCAAGAACCAAGAUGAUAAUAAUAAGAAGGUUGAUGAGUCUUCGACGGUGAGCUGCAAGCCGGCAAGAAAUCAGUAUCGCUGGGCAGCUAAACAAGCUCAAGAAACGGUUUCAAUAAUUGAAAGGCAAAGUCAGGACGCAGAGUUCUUAAUUUCAUCGCAGAAAUCAUCUUCUGAAAAAGUUUCUUAUAACUCUCAACGUUCCGUUGCUCAACCUGAAAAUUUAUCAGGAAGCUCCAAGAUUGGAGCUUCUUCGCUGGUGCAGAUAUGGGAAGCAAGGCUAAGUCGACCUGAGCCAAAAAUGGAUCGAUCCAAUAGCUUGAAGAACAAUCAAAAUUCUGCUGCAGGAGCUAGUCCGACAAGUUCUGGUUCUAGCUACAAUGAAAUCCCAUCAUCAGUCGCUGAAGAACCACCACGACAGUCUGACGUAAUCAACUCUGAUGCGAAUGAGGAGCCAGUGGCAGAUUGUGACUCAAAUGCACAGAGUUCACAUUCGUCGGUGAAUUUCAAGAGCUCAGAUGCAGGAGAGAAUGAGAGAGUUAGAGUUGCAGACAUAAUCAAAAGGCUAACAUCUGAGUCUGCUGACCAUAAGCAGGGGAAUAGUGUCGGCGAUCCACCAUCGCGCAGACAUUCCUACGGUUCUGAUCAGGCAGAGGUGAAAGCCCUCUCACGUGUUACAAGUUUACCGAAGAUAAAAGGAAGACAAGCUUUGAACGAUUUGCUAUUCCAAAUGGAGAAAGAGCGGCAGAGGGAGCUCGUCUCGCUAGCAGAGCGCCAAUCUGUUUCAAGAUUCUCCCAACGUGGUCGGGUUCAGUCCAUGCUUCGGAUAAGAUGCUUGCAACGUGGCAUGGCGAUUCAAGAUCAACAACGAUCACGGUCAAUUCCAUCAACAAUAGCAUCUGAUGAAAAUAGAUCACAACGACGUUCCACCAUCAUGAAUCUGAGGGAGAGAUUCAGUGCUGGUGUUGAACAAGCCACGAGUAGCUCGAGUUAUGCGGCAACUACUCGAAGAAAUGCCGAAGAGUCCAAAAAUAACAUUGACGAUAAUAGGGAGCUUCCAACUCUCAAUCAUGUUAUCGAAGAUUGUCAUCAUCAAGGCAUUUCUACUCCUAAGCAGCAGACUGCGUCAUCAGCUGGCAACUCAUCGUCACACACAAGUGAAAUACAUGAAGAAGAUACUCAUGAAGAAAGUAGUUCAAGUUCAGAUGUUAUAUGGCAGGGAACAAGCCCUGAGGGUAAUAAUUUCGAUCAAGGAGAAGUUUUUGAAUCAAUACCAUCCUUGAAUAGCUGGGAUGGGAAUGAGAUGGAUGAUGAAGAGACUGUUGGCCAGCAGGAAUUUAGAGAAACUAAUUAUGACUGGUUUGCUGAUAUAGCUCGCCCACGAAGUUAUUGGGAAGAUAGAAGGCAGGCUUGGUAUCAGGAGAUGCUUACUACUGCCUCAGAAAACAAUGAAAUAAGGCAGCUACUUGAAAGAAGAGCAGUGUUGAAAUGUCUUUCAAGUGACUUUCGACAGAGAAUGGAUCGAUUGAUGGUGUCUCAUGUGCAACGACAAGAUGAGGAAAGUUCAGAAGAAGAAGUAGAUCACGACACCGAUGAAGGAGGCAGAGAAGGAGAAGAGGAGGCCGAAGAAGAAGAGUACGUAGAAGGACAAAUAUUACAAGAAAUGGAUGAAGAAGAAAGCACACCAUCAGUGAAUUCUCCUUCCCCAUGCAGCUCCUGGAAUUAUAGCCAUCAUCAUGAAGUUGAUGAUUCUGAGCAAGUUCCAACUGCACCUUCACAACAACUUUUUCCAACUCAGGGUGGGGAACUCUUCUCCUCCUUGAGUAACACAUCAAUGGAAAUGGAUCUAAUACACAAUUUGAGAGAGCAUAUAGAGCAACUCCAGCUUGAAAUGUCUGAGCUGAGAAGAUCGAUGCAGACAUGCAUGGAGGUGCAAGCUGAAUUCAUAAAGAACCUAAAGAAGGAUGCAUAUCCAGUUCAAGAGGUAGAGAUGAAUACAUCCAAUACGGCAACAAAGAGACGCAAGUGCUGCAUCUGCUAUGAAAUGGAGGUGGACUCAUUUUUGUACAGAUGUGGGCACAUGUGUACCUGUCUCAAAUGUGCUCAUGAGCUGAAAUGGAAUAGUGGAAAAUGUCCAAUAUGUCGAGCUCCAGUACUGGAUGUUGUGAAAGCGUAUAUGGAUUCAUAGAGUAGUGACAAGGAACGAGUUCUUGCUCUAGAGGACCGUCUUUUCUUCAUAUAAAACUCAACUCGGUUUGAAAAUGGAAAAACGUUACAUGCUUUUAUUUUGUAUACUUCUUCAACCGUAUUUAAUGUUAAUACAAUACAGUUUUUAUACAUCCUUAGUAACUUA